AUGUUUCACUACGACAUGGAGGUUAAGGAUAUCGAUGGGAUUCCCACAGCAAAGAUCCCGGAAAGUGUGUUUAAGGACUCACCACCACUCUGGGCAAAUUUUCUGGUUGGAAAAUUCCUUGCAGAGGCACCGUUCGUCGGGAAAAUCCAUGCUCUUGUCAACAGAAUUUGGACGCUAGGGGACAAAUCUGUUAAGAUAGAUGUGUACGUUGUAGAUCGCACUACAGUGAGAUUCAGAAUCAAUGAUCCGAUCACUAGAGCUCGGGUGUUAAGGAAAGGGGUUCCACCACAUCUAUUUACGUGGAAAGGUUUAAGCGCACUCACCAGCCCUCUUGGUAAGCCAAAGAAGUUGCAUCCAGAUACAGAAGCCUGUAGGAACUUGGAGGAGACGAAGUCCGACAACAAUUCUGAUGCGGUGGUGGAGUACAUCUUUCCUUGGCUUCCACCAAGAUGUGCUGGUUGCUCUAAAUGGGGUCACUUAGUGAAGACAUGUGAUGUGAAGAGCUCUGCUGAGAUAGCAUCACUGGUUGAAAGACGACCGGUAGAAACGCGUACAGGAGAAGUUGAACCUCGACAAGUUUCUCCGGUUAAAGAAAAGUCAGGGUCAGCCCAGGCAGACAUACCUGAGGCUCUAAAAAUAACCGAACAAGCUAAAGUCAAAGCUGACGAGGAGGGUUGGAUAACACCAACGAACCCUAGCCGAAGUCCAGGGAAAAAAGCUGAGCUUAUGUAUGGUGAGGUAUCUAUUCUGGCAAAGACAAGAUUUGGGUGCUUAAGUGGGAAGGAUGAAAAUGGGGAACAAAUAGAUGAUUUGUUAGAAAGAACAAAGGAUGAGGUUGUCGAGGAAGGGAUCCCAAGCAAUGUUGUGGAGGUAGAGGAAGAUGUGGCCCUGAAAUCUACCGAGGAUGUGGGCACACAAAACCCUGAUCGUGCAGACUUGGUAGUAGAAAAGGUUGACAAGAAAUUGGGACAUAAGGGAGCUCCAGGUGACGUGGGUGGAGGAUUGAUAUGUCAGUCUCUUCCGCGGCAAUCGAAAGGCUCUCACAAAUUUCUGGCAAACCAAAACGCAACGAAUGCAAAGGGAAGCAAUAUCCCUGAUCAUCGCUUGGGUCGACUUUGGGUGAUUUGGCGGCAAAAUGUGCGCAUCACGCCUCUGUACAAAUCUGCUCAGAUGAUAACAGUAUCGGUGUUAGUGGAGGGAAGGAAAGAAGACUUCUUUGUCUCUUUUGUCUAUGCAUCGAAUUUUGUGGAAGAUAGAAAGCACUUGUGGGACGAUAUCAGAUUUCAUAACACUUCGCCUCUAUUCCGAGGUAAAGCCUGGUUGAUUGGGGGAGAUUUUAACGAAAUUUUAAGAGGAGACGAGCACUCGCAGUUUUCAACCUCGCCGUCUAUACCUCCUGGCAUGGGCGAUUUUCAGGAUUUGGUCAACACCUGUGAGCUUGUGGAUUUGGCUUAUCAGGGACAAACGUUUACCUGGUGUAAUAAGAGAAGAGAGGGUUUGAUUUGCAAGAAGCUUGAUCGAGUUUUAGUUAACAAGGAAUGGAUUCACCAAUAUGACAGAUCGUACAGUUUCUUCGAACCAGGAGGAUGUUCCGACCAUCUGCGAUGUCGUUUCUACAUCAAAGAGGCUGCCGGAAGGAUCAAGAAACCAUUUAAAUACACUAACGUCACGUCUUUCCAUCCGAAUUUUCAAACUGAGGUUAAGAGAAAGUGGGAUCUGUCGCCGCCUCUAUUUGGUUCUACUCAAGCAAUGUUCAGAUUAACAAAAAAAACUCAAGCAGAUGAAACCUCUCUGCAGAGGUCUGGGUCGGGAUUUGGUAGCAGACAUCUCGAAGAGGGUAAAGGAGGCUUUUUCGACCUUAUGUGA